GGGGUGCUUCUCCUUAUGAUGCAUAGAGCGCAGAGCUGCUAAACGCGCUGAAUACUGAAGGCAAAAGGGAGAAUAAAAAAGGACAAAAACACACAACCGCACACACGCUUUUCCCACUUCUACACAUAAUACCAAAUAUUUGCUAUAGUUAGCGGUUUGCAUAAUUUUUGUUAAUUCGGAGUCUCAUCUCCAUGCGCCUCUGAACGUCUAUCAGAGAAAUUUGCAUAUAUAUUAAUUCAUUUUUGGGAAUAUUUGCUUUUUCAAAAAAAAAAAAAUAACAAAAACAAAAUAAACAAACGGAUCGUUGUGCUAUUUGCCAGUUGUUUUGUCUUAGGAGAGCCGUCCGACUGUUUUUGACGAGGUGCAUGAGAAGAAAACACCGUAAAGGAAUAAGCAUAAUUGUGGGUUUUAUUUUUUUUUUUUGUCCGCUUGUACAAAAUUACAUUUGACAGCUAUUUAAACAUCACCGUUGCGUGAAUUACGCAGGUGACCGAAAAGGCUGUGUAUUGAACAGUCUAAAGGGGACAAAAAGGAGACUAUAACUGUACUUAAUACAGGAAAAAAAACGCGUCGGACGAGAUUAAAAGGGCAACAUGAGCGGCGCCGUCUUGCAAAACGCGAUCUUGGGGCUGUUUCUUGCGGCGCUCUGCAAUGGGCUGAGCACGAGUGGCGCCGAAUUCGGACACCUGCCGGAUAACAUCACGGUGAGCGAGGGGGAGAGCGUCAUCCUGAGGUGUAAAAUCGACGAUGAGGUCACCAAGAAGGCCUGGCUCAACCGCUCCAACAUCCUGUUCACGGGGACGGACAAGUGGUCGCUGGACCCGCGUGUCUCCCUGGUGAACAGCAACGACAGCGACUUCUCCAUCCAGAUCAAGCGUGUGGCGGUGGCAGACGAAGGCCCAUACACCUGCAGCUUCCAGGCCCGCAACCAGCCCCGCACCGCCCAUGUCUACCUAAUCGUCCAAGUGCCGGCCCGGAUCGUGAACAUUUCGGUGGAUGUGACAGUCAACGAGGGCAGCAACGUGAACCUCUUUUGCCUGGCGGUUGGCCGGCCAGAACCCACGGUCACCUGGAAGGACUUCAAAUAUGACCUGUUGAGUGAAGGCGAGUUCCUCGACAUCACAGAGAUCAAGCGGCACCAGGCGGAGGAGUUUGAGUGCAUCACCAACAAUGGCGUGGCCCCACCUGAUACCCGCCGUGUCCGUGUUACCGUCAACUACCCGCCCAUGAUCACAGACGUGAAGAACAUGCCGGCACAGCUGGGCAAGGCCGCCAUCCUGCGCUGUGAGGCCAUGGCAGUGCCCACUGCUACCUUCGAGUGGUACAGAGAUGACCGCAGGAGGGUGGAGAGUGGCAGCACCCUCCAGAUCAAGAACGAGAAGACACGCUCCCUGCUGCUCUUCAACAAUGUCACAGAGAAGCACUUUGGAAACUACACCUGCUACGCCUCCAACAGCCUGGGCUCUUCCAAUGCCAGCAUGCUUCUCUUCCGGCCGGGGGCUGUGUACAGCCGAGCCAUGGGCGCUGUUGUGAGCUCUGGCCCGGGGGUGUGUCUCUGCCUCCUCCUGUCUCUCCUGCUGAAGAUCUAGGGGGGGGGGCAUUUUGGCCGGCAGAAGAAAGGAGUCUUUAACUACGAACCCAUCACUGUGAACAAAAACGAUAUGCAUUUUCCCAGGAGCCAUCAUCGCAUCGCCAAGCCCCCCCUCCCACCCCAGUCACGUCCCCUGUGUCCAGUGUCACCACCCUACUCUGCUCCACCGGGCACUGUCUGUCCUCUCUGUAACCCACGAGGGUCGCUGCGAUUAUGUCACUCAGGACAAGUAUGAUGUCAGGGGUGUCCACAGUGGCGCUAAUGAUCACGGCGCAUAAAUAUAACUCUAAUUGGCGGGCGACGAUUUGUGUGUGAAAUAACCGCGAUGCCAGUAUUGACGAGUGCUAAGCCCCUGUAAUGACAGCAAAUUUGUGUGGGAGUCGCAGGGGAGUCCCAUCCACACGCUGGCCCAGAACGCGCGGCGUACACUGGCGGGAUGGUGCAGACCUUAACACUGAUGAUAAGGGCAAAGGCCAUAACGUUAGCGGAAGUCCAGUAGUGAUUGUGACGUCCGGAUCAAAUGGCACCUACGUUGUCCCUGCCCCUCUCCCCUCCUUUUUUACCCCUCUAAAUUUGGACCUCAGAGCCAUGUGAGAAAUACUCCCCACCAACACCGCCAGAAACGUCCCCACCAUAUGCCUCCACCCACCCCCCCAUUUGUAACUCUUUGUUCCUCCUGCCUUGUCUGUUCUCAUUGUAAAUAUUCAAUAUGGAGGCUAUCCAUGACCCAGUGGUCAAUAAAACUACGUUACCCAGAAUACUCUCUGUCUCCGAAUCACCAGGAGGGCACCGCCCCCCUGCAUUGAAUGCUCAUUCCCCUUGUCGCUUGUUGAUAGCAUGUACUGGUUAGAAAUGUUCCUGUCGUGAGCCAUCCGGCCGCCUUGCGCUGCACUGUGUCAGGUGUUCUCUGCUUAAUCGCUCUUAUUUCUGGUGUUAAUAAUGACGAUGUUAAUGAGUAUUUGAAUAAAUAUGAUAUUAAUCCCACGUGACAAACCGUGACAGAGCCGACUACGAGCUGUGUGUGGAUAUAUUUUGUAUCUUGCUCUGGGAAAAGCACGUUCAUUUAGCCAAAAGGAGCUGUAAAAAGUUUUCAAGGUGGCGUACCCUGAUUUGCCCCACGACGAUCUGUUUAAAGAAUCUGAAGCGGAUCUCAGAUGGCUUUCUUCUUCCAAAAAAAAAGAAGCAAUCAGUCAGCCAUUGUUUGUUUUCUACGGUGUGUACAUAGAGACGUGAGUCGCGUUGUCCGUGUGACGUGGAUUCAUCACAGUUCAUGUUGUUCGUGUGUUUUUUUUUUUUAGCGAAACCCGAGAAUAAUCAAAACGGCGCAGCUCGCCACCAUGUUAGCACCGAGGGGUUAGAUAAAGGCUUCGCUCAGCAUGGGCUAUGGAGCGGGGGGAGGGAUGCACAUCUCCUCCCUCCAGGCGACGAGGGACCGGAGUCGUAAAUCACGCGCGGCCCGGCUGUCGGUGGGAGUCUCCGAAGGACAAACCGUCCUGCCGCGGUACUUUUCCUGCACGGGCGGGGUGCGGCGUAGGGUCCCCCACAAUCCAGUUACGCGGCCCCCUGUAAGCGGCGGCGAGGGCGGCAGCGCUCCGGUCACAGCGCGGUGUGUCUAUGCAAAAUUUGAGUUGGGAAUGCCGCGCCGGGAGCAGUAGCGUCUCCACGAUGACCGGCGCCGCACGACCCCACGCAAAGCAGCAAUAACCUCCAUCACGUGUGCUGUCAUGCUGAUGGUGGGGUCCUGGAUUUCAGCAGGGCUGCCGUAAUGAGACGGCGCGGUUCUGUUUUUACCCCGGACCGGGCCGGCCGCACCAAGCUUUCGGGCCGCUCUGUCAGUAUCUUGUCGGCCGUCGGCCUACUUGGUGUCGAGUGAAUGAGCCCCAGGGUGCGUCGUGUACCCGUAACGAGGCCAUCCUGCAGACUGGUGAAACUGUGCACGGGCCAAAUGCUGGUGAAAAAUCCAAGCACAAGAGCAGGUCACGUGGUCAAUGCUGUCUCUCUGUCCCUCUCCUCCUCCACCCUCUUCCUACCCCCUUGUCAGCAUCAUGUUCACAUCCCCGCCACGUGGCAUAUUUACAUAUGUAUGUACAUAUUCUUUCAUCAAAGAAGAAAAAAGAAUACUAAAGGAGAACAAAAUGUCAUGAUUCUCAAUGUGGUUAAAAUACAGCAUGUUAAUGUUUGUUCUGGAUGGAUUUUCAAAAAAAAAAAAAAAGAAUAUUGUGUGUGGGUUGGGC